ACUUAUGCUGCAUUAAAUUUGCUUUCAAAUUAAGAAAAUAAAAACGAAAUAGUUUUAUUUCGAAUUAAAAACAAAAUGCCAACUAAAAGUAAAAGAAAACUCUUGCAUAAACUAGAACAUUUAAGAAAUCAGAAAAUAAGUGAUAUUUACACCGGAAGACUUCAAGACAAAAAUAGAUGUGAAAAAAAUGUGAGCGAUGAGUUGAAAAAUAACGAAACGGAUUUAAUAGAGGAUCCGAUGGAAUUAAUUAAAUUCAUAAAAUCAAGCAAUAAUCAUUAUGAAAUAUUGCAUGUUAACCGUCACGCAACAAUUGUGGAAGUCAAAAAAGCAUAUAGAAGACUAGCACUGCGAUUACAUCCGGAUAAAAAUAAUGCUAAAGACGCAAGUGAAGCCUUCAGAAUUGUGACAAAAUCUGCUGAAAUCUUAACAGAUGAAUCAAAACGUUACGAUUAUAAUCGCCAAUUAGAUUUAGAACAACGGAAAAUAGAAUUCUAUGAAAACAGACAUUACAACAACAGACAUACAAAAAAUGAAAAUCCAAAAUCAAACAAGGAAGAUACGUACACUCCCUUUAAUUCUUACAGUUUUGAACAUAGGCGCUUCUAUAAUUUGCGUCAUCAACAUACAAUAUUUACGGAUGCACAAUUACUCACUAUGGGCAUAGUUAUAGCAUUUAUAUUUGCCAUAGUUCUAGCGUUCUUAUCUUUCACCAAUGGAAGUGUUUAUAGUUUAAAGGCUUCCAGAAAAUAUUGUGUACAACGUAAAACAGAAAUUUAUUCUAUACCAUAUUAUGUCACAAAAACAUUUGAAAAGGAUUUCAAAGGAUCAGUAAAAAAUCUAGAGCAAAAUAUUGAAAAGCAUUAUAUAGACACGAUGAAGUACAGCUGCAGAAGUGAGCAUAGCUUCCGUGAAUCACUAAUAUUGCGCGCUAAAAAGUUCGGAAACAGCGCUCAGCUGGCAAAUGCUAAAGUACUUCAAUUGCCAUCCUGUGAAAGACUUCAGAAACUCGAAUUGGGACUUCUGACCUAAGUGCAGCAUGAGCCAUAAAAGACAUUAAAUAAAUGUCGGCAAUAACAAAUAUAAUGCCAAUGCUGAGGCUACAAAAAUUUCCUUUUUAUUAUUAUUAUUUUUUUUCUUUCAGUUU